AUGGCUUCUCCUUAUUCUCAUGAAGAUCAAUUCUAUGCCGAAGUGCCACUACGGAGGAAUCGACCUUCAAGCACCAGUUCCUAUUCACCUUAUUUCAUGAGCCAUCAGUCGCCGACCGCAGGCGGGGGAUCUUCUGAGCCAUCAUUCGGGCAAGGCCGCUACGAUUGGGUUCACAAUGGAACCCAAAAUUCCAGACAUCCUGGCAGUCAUCUCAGCAAAGCCUCCUCCGAUAGAAUGGCUGAAAGCUAUUCAUCUGAGACGCCGGAAAACGCUGCAAGAUAUUCCUAUGGGGCUGCUGACUUGGGCUUCUUGACCGAAGAAUUACUCUCUCCCGGACCAGCAGACGAGAUGCAUGCGUACGAGAAAAAGACACCCCGCUUCGGUCCCAGUCGGUACAUAUUGGAAUCAUCCGGCAGCUUCACUAUGUGGUCAUCGAGAGGUUGGGCCAACAUAUGCGCCCUGAUGAUAUUAAUCGGAGGCUUGGUUAUGCUAUUCGCAGGAUGGCCGAUUCUCUCCUACUUCAAAGAGCACACCUUCAGGGAUUUAGUAUCUGGAGGAAGAAACAACUUGGGUGGCUAUAUGCGAGCCCCCACUAUCCCUGGCAUGCGGGAGCUCAUUGAUCCUGACACGCCGCGCGAGGCCAAAUCUAGAGUUGGAGCUGAUGGGGAAGAAUACGAGCUUGUGUUCAGUGAUGAGUUUAAUGUCGAUGGCCGCACGUUUUGGAAAGGCGAUGAUCCUUUCUGGGAGGCCGCUGAUCAGCAUUAUUGGCCAACCGGCGAUCGAGAAUGGUAUGAUCCUGAUGGUGCCAGGACAGAGGGCGGUUCAUUGGUUAUCACAAUCACCAAAAUGGAUCCCAAUAUCAAUCACAACCUCGAAUACCGUAGCGGCAUGCUGACAAGCUGGAACAAACUGUGUUUUACGGGUGGAUACAUGGAAACCGGCAUCAUCAUGCCAGGUCGCCAUGACAUCGGUGGAUUUUGGCCUGCCGUCUGGACGAUGGGCAAUCUCGCAAGACCUGGCUUUGGUGCUACUACUGACGGUACAUGGCCGUUCAGCUAUGACACUUGCGAUGUUGGGGCAAUGCCGAAUCAAACACAUCCGAAAACCGGCGAACCUGGCACUACAGUUUUGACAUCUGAAGUUGGAGAUCUCUCCUGGCAACCUGGUCAGAAGCUUAGUCGCUGUACUUGCGCUGGGGAAGAUCAUCCAGGCCCUAAACUGUCUGAUGGCACAUAUAGAGGUCGUUCUUCCCCGGAAAUAGAUAUGAUUGAAGCUUAUUCUUAUGAAAAGACCGCGACGGCGUAUGGAUCCCAAUCCCUCCAACUCGCGCCAUAUGAUGACAAAAGAACCUGGAACGCUAAACUCGGCUCAACUUAUAGCAUCUACCCCGAAUCAGGUUUCAGAACCAACGUGAAUCCUUAUCACGGCGGCAAUCGUCAACAAACUCUCUCUUCUCUUGCUACUAUACCACCAUCCAAUUUCGAACUCGACGGAAACCAAUCGAUGCCAUAUGGACUCGAAUGGGCACCUGAUCAGGAGAAUUCUCACAUAACUUGGAGUCUUAAUCAAAAAGCAACUUGGACUUUGAACUCGACCGCCUUGCAACCUAAUGCGCGCAGUAUGGUCGGCCAGAGAUUAAUUUCUAACGAACCGAUGUACAUGAUUCUGAAUCUGGGACUCAGUGACACUUUUGUGCCGGUGAAUGAAGCCCAACUGACAUUUCCAGCACACAUGCGAUUUGAUUAUGUUCGAUUUUACCAGCGCAAAGGGCACAAAAAUGUUGGCUGUAGUCCAAAAGAUUAUCCAACCGAGAAAUAG